AUGCGAAAUUAUUUACCUUUUAUAUCUCCUGCACAGUCUGAACAAGACGGCCAAUUGCCAUGCACCGAAUCGCCUAUGGAAAACAGCCCUGAUGAUCGCGCCCUACCAGUCUCGGCAAGCUAUCGUGAUCGCCGGGCCAGCCAGUUAGGAUUAGAACCUUCCAGCUGCCCCAUUCACCUAAUCACACCUAAGCUUGCUGAUGAGGAAUACGAUGAGGAUGAGGUCGAUGGGGAUACUACUAGAAAUCGCAAAAUGGAAGACAGUGAGUUGGCAGAUGCAGAUAUUUCAGUAAACCCUGGGGACGAAAGUGCCUCUCAACUUUCGUUAGUCGGCAAAACAGUUGAUUUAGUCAUUCAUAAUGCGAUCUCUCUCUUUAAAGCUACUAUGCUUCACGACCAACAUUAUCCGCUUGACUCAGAAUCCUUCUCGUUUGAAGCCCAGGCUAUCUCCAUGAGCAGCCCCGGUAGUCCUGCUGACCCAGAACCCCUCUCGCCUCUUUCUUCUCCUUGCUCUUCGCUGCAAGAAUCUCUUACUGCUGCCGCUUUACCUACUUCUUCACUUCUGGAACAGCAUAAUGCCUAUAUCAACCAGGUAAUACCUGACCCUGCAUACGUGAAGCCCGAGCCUGAAAUUGAUCCUGGAGGUAGCUUAAAGGCCUCGUGCAAUGGCUAUAGCCGAUCUCAGAGCCCUAUAUGCGCCAUGGACUCGUAUCUUCCUGAAGAUCAAGCUGAUAUGACUGAAUUACCGCCAAUACACGUCCUGAUAACCUGUAAGUUGACCGAAGUAAUUUUGCGUAUGGAAACCUCGCCUUCCAGAUCAUUUUUUUCCAUGCAUAUUUACUAUUACUUUUUCUUUGCAUACGUAUUUCAUCUUCAUUUAGCAUAA